AUGGAAAGAUUGCAAAGAUUGAUGAUGAAUGGUAAGGUGAGCGCUGUUGAUGCCGACCGUGACGAUACCAAAGAGACAGUAUACAUAUCGUCAAUUGCUCUAUUAAAGAUGCUAAAGCAUGGUAGAGCUGGUGUACCUAUGGAAGUUAUGGGCCUCAUGUUGGGUGAGUUUGUGGAUGAUUAUACAGUAAAUGUGGUAGAUGUGUUUGCCAUGCCCCAAUCGGGAACUGGUGUGUCUGUCGAAGCCGUCGAUGAUGUGUUCCAAGCAAAAAUGAUGGAUAUGUUGAAGCAAACAGGUAGGGACCAAAUGGUAGUUGGAUGGUAUCAUUCUCAUCCAGGUUUCGGUUGUUGGUUAUCCUCAGUCGAUGUUAACACCCAAAAAUCUUUUGAACAAUUAAAUAGUAGAGCAGUUGCCGUAGUGGUAGAUCCCAUCCAAUCAGUUAAAGGUAAAGUCGUUAUUGAUGCCUUUAGAUUAAUAGAUACAGGUGCCUUGAUAAAUAAUCAGGAACCAAGACAAACUACAUCAAAUCUUGGUCUAAUGAAUAAGGCAAACAUCCAAGCUUUAAUCCACGGUUUGAAUAGACAUUACUAUUCUUUGAAUAUAGAUUACCACAAGACCCCAGCCGAGACAAAAAUGCUAAUGAACUUACAUAAGGAACAAUGGCAAUCUGGUCUGAAAAUGCAUGAUUAUGAACAAAAAGAACAUAAAAAUCUUGAGGCUACACAACAAAUGGUUAAGAUUGCGGGGCUUUACUCUAAAAGAAUUGAAGAAGAAAAGGAAUUAACUGAGGAGCAAUUGGAAACGAGAUAUGUUGGGAAACAAGACCCCAAAAAGCAUUUAUCAAGCACUGCUGAUACAACCUUAGAAGAUAACAUUGUCUCAGUACUAACUGCUGGCGUUGAUUCCGUAGCCAUAGUUUAG